ACUGUAAAUGACAAAGCAAGUUUAGCUUCCUCUGUAUCAGAGAAUUCCUCAGUGGUAACGAAGCUCUAGGAUACAUUCUCCUCCCCGUGCCAUAUACCAUUUUCUACUGCAGGAUGGGAAGUUUUCCAGCCCUGCUGCUCCUGCUGGUGCUGCCAGGAUCACACAUGGCAGCAGAGGACACGCAAGUCUUUCUGCAAGUACCAGGAGAGUCCUUCAGAGCUAACUGCUCAUACGACGUGCACAAGCACUCACGUGAGAAGAAAUUCUGGUGCAAGGAACAAUCAGAAAAAUAUUGUCCAGUCUUACCCUUGAGCUUCCCUUCAGAAGAAAGGAUUGCUCCUAGCCCUGCACUGCAUCCUCCAGCUGAGCUGAGAGACUCUGGAGGCGGUUGGUUUUCUGUAAUCAUGACAGCACUUCGAAAAGAGGAUUCUGGCACGUACCAGUGUGGAGUUUGGGUUGAAAUGAAGCAAGUUUUGCUGCAAAGAAUACAGAUGGUGGUAUCACCUAACGAACCUGUAACAGUGUUUGCCAAAAGAGGGAAAUCUCUGUUCCUCCACUGCUCCUAUUCUGCACCAAUCAACACUGGAGAACUUCAACAUUUUAUUUGGUGCAAAAUGGUGUCCCAAAUUACUUGUCACCCUAUUAUCAGAGGUAAUGCUGAUCAAAGUAUUGUUAAAGCAGAGAGGACUGAAAUGAUGAAUGACUUCUCAUGGAAAAUGAUUAGAAUGUGGCUGAAAAAGCUCCAACUUAAUGACUCAGGAGAGUAUCGUCUUGAGAGCCAUCUCCAGGGGAGAAACAAACUACUGAGGAAGAUCGUGCUGAAAGUUUUGGCCAGUGCAGAAAGCAGCAAAACAGAAAGCAUUGAGUGGAAACAAUCUGAUCUUUCUGACCGGACUGAAAAACGCAGGAGGGGAGGGGAAAAGUGGAAUAUGGAUGGCAGCCCCACAGACAACAGCAGAAAGGACCAGAGGACUCCCUAUGCUGUCAUGGUGCUGAUGUCCUUGCUGGCUACAGCUGCCCUGAUCGCUACUGUUACACUCAUCACCAGCUGCAUGGGGAAGAAAAGAGCAGGAAAAGAGAUGGACUUUGACAGACAUCCUGCUUUCAGAAGGGGAGUGCUACAGGAAGGAAGAGAAAAAGCAAGUAGAAUAUCAGAUGGGGACCACAGUGAGAGUACGAUAUAUGCUGCAAUAAGGCACCAACCUCGACCCAAACCUGAAGAUGUGAUGUAUGCCAACAUACAGCCUUCACCAAAAGUUUCCUUCCUUCAGGAACCACCAGGGAGCUCACAUCCCUCAGGGCCUGUGGAAUAUGCUACCCUUAUCUUCAAGGACACAACUCCACAGUCUGAAAAUGAAGAGAGAAGAACAGGCCUACUGAAAGAAAGCAGCACAAAGCCUUCAGCUUAUUGAUGGAAUGCUGCUGAACUGAGCUUAGAAACAACCCGCACGUAACCAAUUGCUGGAGAUGCGUACACACAGCACUGCUGAAAGGAUGAGACACAUGGAUGCACAAAUCUUCCCUGAAAAACAACCAAACUUUUCUAAUAGCACAGCAGCACAAUUCAGCUAUCAUGAACAAACAUUGUGAAAGGCUGUGGCGCAUUUGCCUUCUGUACAGGGCUCUAUUUUUAAGCAGUGAGCAACUAUAAGCCCGACUUCAGGAAACAGGCGGGCUGUGAUAGCAGCAGAUCCAGUGCCACAGCCAGCAAUGGGCUGCGAGAUAUGGGAGCACAGCACUUCUGUUUGGACUUCCAACUCACUUAAAUAUCUGCAUGUGAAAUGUUAAUUACUGCCCACUGAUUAGGACCAAAACAGCAAAGUGGUAAAAGUACCUGCUGAAUUUCAGCACAGAAGUUGUUUUGCGUACUUCAGGGAGACAAGUAAUGCCCUCAGUUUCAACAACAAGUAAUGCCUGGUUUCACCAAACCAGGGCUUUGCUGAAUAGUAUUUGUCCACUUAAAAUGUCUUCAGUCUGAACAUACAGUUGCAGAAUUCAGACUGUACGUAUAACUUUGGGUUUCCUUGCCUUCUCUGCUUGUUUAUUAAUGCCACAUCCAUGCUACAGUAUAACUCUGUCUUGGCUCUGUUGUAAGUUUCACUCAUUCUGAUCAAACUAUUGAAUCCUGUUAUCGUGGUGAUCACACCAACACCCCUAGGAAUGAUGGAUAACUCCUAGGAUAAAGCUGACUAAGAUUCUCACCUCAGCUCUCUGAGUUGGGUCCACAGCUGCUGAACGUGACACAGAAAUGGCUUUCGUUUUUUAUAUUACAACUGGAAGAAAAGGCACGUGAAGAGGCACAGUCAGCAAUUAAUCAUAUCACCUGCACAGAAACUCCACUUCGCCUGUGGGUUCUUCUCCAUUUCUGAGGAGACGUGGGGAGAGGAGAGGGGAGAGAAGAUGAAACUUCCCUUGCCAAGUCUGAUGUGGCUACAGGACAUCAGGGUCUUUGCUGUUAAAGCUGAGAUGACUUUGUCACUCUACUGCAAAUUCUCUGAAAACAGUACCAGAAGAAAAACAUUAAAAUAACUGCUAACUAUAUGUGUGUGCUUUUUGAUUCCUAAAGAGCUGCACUGGCUCACGCUGGAAAGAAUUAAUGACUGAGGCUCAUGUCACUUUUUAAACAACAAACGUGUUUGCAUGAAGCCCUGCAUUAAGGUCUGAAAAUAUGCACACCUGGAAAGAUGAGUAAUUGUCAUAACAAGCAUCAAUACACAUCUCUACUUAUUUAACCAGUCUGAUUCUCUGAAAGCAACUAAACUUUGUAUGUCCAAAUUUCUCAUCUAGCUGCAGUGGCACACAGAGUAGAUCUUAAAAGUAAUGUAAUGGAAAUAACUCACAACAGAAAGGCUUUCUGGUACACACUUCCUUUUCUCAAGAAAGCUGAAGAUAUCUACUAUCACAUGAUGAAGCUGAAGGGGUUUGUAGGGCCAGUUUGGCACUUAGAUUGCAUCAGUCCUCUGUCACAAAAUGCAGAUAAGUAACCACCAGCCUUAGAGCAAAGGCUCUCUGAGGACUGUUUGCAUCUCUAACAGGCAGUAGAAGUAUUUCCAAAUGCCCCAUGGCUGAGCAGCCUGUCUGCUCACUGCAAAGCACUCUGGCCUUAAGUGGACUAUAAGAACAGAACAAUCACACAGACUGUGAAUUACACUGCAGAGAUUUCUACCCCAAUCACCACAGUAUUAUGCCAUCCUGAGAACAUCCAGCAGCAGCUCUGCAAAUUGGGCAUGCAAAAGAAGCCAUUGAGAUCUCAGCAAAAGCCCCCCAAAAAAACAAAACGGCAAAGUAAAUUGAAUUUUGGAUGAUACUGGUUGGGAGCAAUACCAGAGAUCAAGGAGUCUCCUGCUGGAUGAAAUACAGUUGGCUCAUCUGUACCUUCCCUUUUCCUCUGGAAAUCACUGGGGCAUAAGAAUAUUUUUGGAACAAAUGUUUGUUUCCAGCUCCUUGAAAUACAAAGAAUUGGCAACAUGUUACUGCAUGAGGAACCAAGGAGCAGAGAAAACCCAACACUUACCAACCGUGUCCACUUCACACAUUAGCAGCACAAAAUUUUAUCCAUUCUGUUCACUUUAGAAUAUCUGUUCAAUUGUCCUCAACUUCCUGCCUUACUUCUCUCCUGUUCCCAGCAACUCAGAAUAUUGAUUCCCGGAGCAGAAAGCUAAGCAAUAAAGGACAAGAUCCUGGCAACCGUGACUAGCCCAAGAUUAGCAGAUACAGGAACUUCUCUCCAAAGCGAGGGGUUGCUUUAAAUUAGUCUGGUCCUGCUCUUGUUAGGGAACUGAAAAGAAUUUCAAAUUAAGAAUAAAGCAAAAA